GGCCGAGCCCUCCCCUUCCUCCCUCAGAUUCCGGGUCCCACGAGCUGUAGCGUCAUGACGUAAAAGCAGAGGAAGACUCCUCUCCACCUCCGUUUCCUAGGAAACGUGGACUCCGCGUUCCCCCGCGUCGCGGCCCCCUUGACGUCAUGGUCGAGGUGGGAGGGCGGGGCGAGUGCUACCGCCAGGGGCGGGGCGGCGCGAGCGGGCCGGCGAGGCUGUGCACCUGCGCCUCGGCGGGCUGCUGGGGGCACCGGCCCCCGCCCGCCCGGCCCCGCCAUGGCCCGGCCACAGAGGACUCCGGCGCGCAGUCCCGACAGCAUCAUCGAGGUGAAGAGCAAAUUUGACGCCGAGUUCCGACGCUUCGCGCUGCCCCGCGCUUCGGUGAGUGGCUUUCAAGAAUUCUCUAGGUUGCUGCGUGCUGUACACCAGAUCCCAGGCCUGGACGUGCUGCUUGGUUAUACGGAUGCUCAUGGCGACUUGCUGCCCCUCACCAACGACGACAGCCUGCACCGGGCCCUGGCCAGUGGGCCCCCACCUCUACGUUUACUAGUGCAGAAGCGGGAAGCUGACUCCAGCGGUCUGGCUUUUGCAUCCAACUCCCUGCAGCGGCGCAAGAAAGGGCUCCUGCUACGGCCAGUGGCAUCCCUACGCACCCGGCCACCCUUGCUAAUCAGCUUGCCCCGAGAUUUCCGCCAGGUCUCCUCAGUCAUAGAUGUGGACCUACUGCCUGAGACCCAUCGACGGGUGCGACUACACAAGCACGGUUCAGACCGCCCCCUGGGCUUCUAUAUCCGAGAUGGCAUGAGCAUGCGUGUGGCUCCUCAGGGCCUGGAGCGGGUUCCAGGUAUCUUCAUCUCCCGCCUGGUACGUGGGGGCCUAGCUGAGAGUACAGGGCUUCUAGCAGUCAGUGAUGAGAUCCUCGAGGUCAAUGGCAUUGAGGUGGCUGGCAAGACCUUGGACCAAGUGACAGACAUGAUGGUCGCCAACAGCCAUAACCUCAUUGUCACUGUCAAGCCUGCCAACCAGCGCAAUAAUGUGGUGCGAGGGGCAUCUGGGCGUCUGACGAGGCCUCCAUCUGCAGGGCCUGGGCCUGCGGAGGUGGACAGUGAUGAUGACAGCAGUGACUUGGUCAUGGAGAAUCGCCACCCUUCCUGUUCCAAUGGGCUGUCUCAGGGGUCUCCAUGCUGGGACCUGCAACCUGGCUGCCUACUUCCUGGUAUUGGUAGCUCUCUGCCCUCCUUGAAUGGCCAAGAGCAGACCAGCUCUGUCUGGGGGAGUGGCCUUCGAGAUGGUAGUGGCUUCAGCCUCUGACAGGCAAACAUGUAGUUUCUGGUCACUUUAGGCUGCUGAGACAUGGCAGAGAGACUUCUUGGUAGGGGGUUUUAGCUUGCUCACUUGGGGAACAUUAAAUGUUUUCUAUAAAUG